CGCCCGCAGCCGGGAGCGCGGCCGGAGCGAGGCGCGGGCUGUGGGGCCGCCGCGAACCCGGCCCCGCUUGCCCGUGCCCGCCCGCCAUGCCCGGCUUUGACUACAAGUUCUUGGAGAAGCCCAAGCGUCGGCUGCUGUGCCCGCUGUGCGGGAAGCCCAUGCGCGAGCCCGUGCAGGUUUCUACCUGCGGCCACCGCUUCUGCGACACCUGCCUGCAGGAGUUCCUCAGUGAAGGAGUCUUCAAGUGCCCUGAGGAUCAACUUCCUCUGGACUAUGCCAAGAUCUACCCAGACCCAGAGCUGGAGGUACAGGUACUGGGCCUGCCUAUCCGCUGCAUCCACAGUGAGGAGGGCUGCCGCUGGAGUGGGCCACUUCGCCACCUACAGGGCCACCUGAAUACCUGCAGCUUCAACGUUGUCCCCUGCCCCAACCGCUGCCCCGCCAAGCUGAGCCGCCGGGAUCUGCCCGCGCACCUGCAGCAUGACUGCCCCAAGCGGCGACUCAAGUGCGAGUUCUGUGGCUGUGACUUCAGCGGGGAGGCCUUUGAGAGCCAUGAAGGUGUGUGCCCGCAAGAGAGUGUGUACUGUGAGAACAAGUGUGGUGCCCGCAUGAUGCGGCGGCUCCUGGCCCAGCAUGCCACCUCUGAGUGCCCCAAGCGCACCCAGCCUUGCACUUACUGCACCAAGGAGUUUGUCUUUGACACCAUCCAGAGCCACCAGUACCAGUGCCCGAGGCUGCCUGUGCCGUGCCCCAACCAGUGUGGCGUGGGCACCAUGGCUCGGGAGGAUCUGCCGGGCCACCUCAAGGACAGCUGUAGCACUGCCCUGGUGCUGUGCCCAUUCAAAGACUCCGGCUGCAAGCACAGGUGCCCUAAGCUGGCAAUGGCACGGCACGUGGAGGAGAGCGUGAAGCCACAUCUGGCCAUGAUGUGUGCCCUGGUGAGCCGGCAACGGCAAGAGCUGCAGGAGCUGCGACGAGAGCUGGAGGAGCUGUCCGUGGGCAGUGAUGGCGUGCUCAUCUGGAAGAUUGGCAGUUACGGGCGACGGCUACAGGAGGCCAAAGCCAAGCCCAACCUCGAGUGCUUCAGCCCCGCCUUCUACACGCAUAAGUAUGGCUACAAGCUGCAGGUGUCUGCAUUCCUCAAUGGCAAUGGCAGUGACAAAAAGUUCUCCCAUCAGUACUCAACCCUUAAGAAGAUUCAAACCACCAAGAGGGCCACUUCUCAUGCUACAGAUCACUUCCACCUGCCAGAAGUCCUCAAAUUCCAAAAUGUUCGAGAAGGUUGGAGAAGUUUGUGGGGUGGGGGGAAGGAAACCACCUAUCACACCACCUAUUACUUCCACCUGCCAGAGGUCCUCAAAUUCCAAAAUGUUCGAGAAGGUUGGAGAAGGCUGUGGGGUAGGGGGAAGGGUCGUUUAGUCUUAAGCUGGCUUAUUAGCAAACCGGAUCCCCGUUUUUCAGUGACGGACAGUCCUUGGAGUGAAAGUGGCAUUACAUUGAACUGGACCAACAGUGAAGGGCAGCGAACCAUUCUUAACCACCAAAUCCCACCAAGCCCCCUGCAGCCCUGCCUAGGGGGAGGGCCGGUGAGCCAGGUGCCCUCCAGGGGCUGACUGAACACACCUGGUCUGGGAUAAUGGAGUGGGAGGGCUUCUGACGGGGACAAAUACUAUAGGGAUCCCCUUAAAAAUGAGAAAUUACUUCUCUUAAUAAGACAUAUUAAAAACCGUUACGAAAGAUCACCUCAAACACUGACAGCAUUAAACGAAUAGGACAAGAUCAAAGGUGAGUUUUUUCAUUUUACUGGUUUAUAAUAAUCUUAAAAACCCCAUCACACCCAUAAACCACCACAGGUGAGAAGAUGAGGGAGAUGGAGAAUGAAUGCUACAGUAUGUGGGCAGUGUGGGGAUCCAGGUAUCUUCUAGGGGCAGUGUGGAAUGGAGGCAGGGGGUGCGGAUAGGAGGCCCUGGCUUGGACCCUUAUUGCUGGUUGGGGGUUGGCUGGCAGAGGGGGAGAGGGGCUCAGGGUGAACUAGGAAACAUCUCACACCAAAGGCAAGGGUAGGUGGGGGGCAGGGGGUCACAGUACAUUUUCCAUGCAGACUAGGGGUGGGAGUGAGAGCUUCAGAGGCUUGCACCCCUACACAGGAAGAGAUGGGUUUGAGGUUUGACUUUAAGCCCCCAAGUUGGUGUCUGAUCCAGUUUCCUAAAAUGGCAGCUCACCUUUUGGGGAGAGGCAUUGGAAAAAAUUACCGCAAAAAAUAUCUGGUUUGGAGAUCAAGCAAGGGAUAAGGUGAGACAAUGGUGUUCAUUCAGAAGCGAGAACUGGAAGGGGCCCCUGGGUGAGAUGGUGGCCAACACACAGGGAGAAGGCAUCGCACCAGAAGCUGCAGGUGCUCCUGGGGGCUCAGGACAGGGAGGUGCCAGUGUUCACAGACGGCAGGAAAACCAUUGGGAACAAUGAGUUAGGACUUCAUGUUGCUAUCAUUUGGCAUAACACAAUCAGGCAUUUUUUUCUUUUUUCUCUUUUUAAAUAUAAGGCAACUUGCCAACACAUAAUUUAAAAACUGGUCUUCAGUCACAUUGCUUCAGAUCACUAGAGAAUUUCUGGCUAAAGAACAGCAGACAAUAUAGUAAACAAAACCCCAAAUCUUAAAUAAGAACAUCAGCUCACAUUCCCCAGAGACAAGAGGAAAGGGUAGGGCUUACUUGGUUU